CUUACUCGCAGCUAUUUUGAUCAAAAGUCAUUGUGCAAAGUUUGAUUCCAGUGCGAUCAUUGUAUUUAAUCCACGCCGGUCCUCCAGUGCCACCGACUGCUACGCUACCCCGGAUUUUGAUCAAUUCGGCCAUUCCCGAACUGUUUGAUUGAUUGAUUUUCAUUCCAUACCCUUGCUCUUUCCGCCAACCUCGGAUUUUGAAUUGCUCAAUUUUCAUCAACAGGCUGCCGCCACGGACGCCAUCAAGCUACCAAGUGCCGACGACACUCUACUUCUAUUUCUGCAACGGGAAAAGGCUCUGUCGCAAAAGGCUGCACGCGACACAAUUGUUUCCAGGAGACUCGUAUCAUAUCCGACGGGGACAUAUUUGACAGCUCCACACUCGUCGGACCCUUGAUUGCAAAGGAACAUCGGAGUGGACCAGCCACGACGCGGUAUACGAUGCUCGUUGGCCUCUGGACGGCAACGCAGGCAUCCGCUGCUACGUGCACCAACACAUUCCAUCCGUCUUGCACCUCAUAGCUAAGACAGCGAGCUCGUAUUGACAAUAUCGAGGAGUACGCCCGGUGCCGUCUCGCUCGAUCCCGUCUGCCCAUCAUGGCGCGUAGGAUAGUGCGCACCGCCAUCCAGGUGACGACAGCGGCUUUGGCUUGCUUCCUUAUAGUUUUCUUCCUCGACCGCAACUUUCGAGUCCUUCCCAACUCAAUCCACGAGUAUAUGCCACAGCACCACCCAGGCCUGCUCGUCACCGAUAUCACAAUACAAAAAUGCUCCGGUCUGAACCCAUUCUCGUCGUGCAAACUAGAUCCGGAGAUUUGGCACCGUGUUGAGAAGGACUUGUACCUGGGUAAGGCCUUUGCAUCCAGCGCAUGGUUGCACAUUCGGAGGCAGAAAGAAUCGGAGCUCAAAGGCGACGAUAAGGUUGUCAUCGAUGUUACUGUGGGUCGUCUUGAUCCUUCGGAGAACGGCAAAAAGGGUCGGUCUGGCGAGGCGUGGGAGUCAAGACCUGGUGGCUUGUGGCUCAAGCGUUCAGGGAAGCUUCACGCUGGUGACAGCAACAGGGCUGUCACGACCGUUGACCUGCUUUUCGGGGACGAUGCCGUGGAGGUACGACCUGGCUGGGAUAUUGUUGGCACGCCAUUGAUCCUCGAUGCAAGCUCUAGCAUUCCCAGUGCACACCUUACCGUCCGCCGGGGUAGCCAGCCAGCCGAAAUACCAAAACCGAAGCUGCGGGUACGGGAAAAUGGCAACUUCAAGGUCAUGCAGGUUGCUGACCUGCAUCUGAGUACGGGUGUCGGACACUGUAGGGACGCGGUCCCAGACUCGUAUCACGGUGGCAAGUGCGAGGCCGAUCCGCGUACACUCGAGUUCGUGUCCAAGAUGCUCGACGACGAGAAGCCUGAUCUGGUAGUCCUUAGCGGGGACCAGGUUAACGGCGGUACCGCCCCCGAUGUGCAGUCGGCAAUUUUCAAAUACGCAGCCCUUUUGAUACAGCGUAAGAUUCCUUACGUCUCAAUAUUCGGAAAUCAUGACGACGAAAAGGGUGUCAUGUCCCGCGCCUCUCAAAUGGCCAUCAUAGAGGCUCUCCCCUAUUCACUUUCCACUGCCGGGCCUGAAGAUGUCGACGGCGUUGGAAACUAUUACAUUGAGGUACUAGGACGCGGGAUGUCAUCGCACGCCGCCAUCACCAUUUACAUGCUUGACACGCACUCAUACUCGCCAAACGAGCGGAAAUAUCCCGGCUAUGACUGGCUGAAGAAGUCGCAGAUCGACUGGUUCCAACAAACGGCGCAGGGAUUAAAACAAAAGCACAAGGCGUACACACACAUCCAUCUAGACGUCUCUUUCAUCCAUAUUCCAUUGCCCGAGUAUCGCGAGCCAGACCAGUACAUGGUCGGCAAGUACGUGGAGCCGGUGACAGCGCCCGUAUUCAACUCUGGCUUUAGAGAUGCACUAGUCAACGAGGGUGUUACGUUGGUUGGGUGCGGACAUGACCACGUCAAUGACUAUUGCGCCCUCUCGAUGAAUGAGCAAGAACCCAAAAUGUGGAUGUGCUACGCCGGCGGCGUAGGUUUCGGGGGUUAUGCAGGGUAUGGCGGAUACGACAGGCGGAUUCGCAUGUACGAGUUUGAUAUGAAUGAAGGCCGCAUCACGACAUGGAAGCGGUUGGAGAAUGCGGAAGAUAAGUCAUUGCUGACGCAACGCAUCGACGAGCAACUCGCUGUCGAUGCGGGCAAGGCCCACUUUGUGCCGCCGCCGCCAGAAGAUGAUAAUGGCAAUUGAGUUAUGUCAGGCAUGUCAUGGAUGUCGUGACAUGGCUUGACUAAGUUAUAUGCGCAAAGAAUGCAUUGCUUGGCGUUGGACUCUUUUGGUUCUUUAUUUCUUGAUGUCAUUAAACUUGGUUGGUUUUUAAAAUUUUGGAAAAAGAAAAGGAAGUUAUGUACAUACUAGAAACACCAUGUUUGGCAACCGUUGCGGUGUGCCCUAGAGUUUCAUUCAGUGUUGGAGCGGA